AUGAUGGAGACAGAGGAAUUUGAAGAGGAGUUUGAGGAAGAAAUUGUGGAAGAGUAUGAGUAUGAGGAGAGCACGACGACCACCACAACCACCACACAUCAGACUGAGGUCACAGAGGUGGGGCCUGGGGGUCUUCCCACCCGCAAGGUCAGGAAGAAGGUGAAGGUGGACACCUCCAAGUUCAUGACCCCUUACCUUGCGCACAGUCAGAAGAUGCUUGAUCAGUACAGCCAUAACAAGUACAAGGAGGCCUACGAGAAGUCAAAGGGGCAGCCGUAUCACAUUACGACUGAUACACCUGAGAUCCUCCGCAUCAAAAAGGCCCAGGAACAGCUUAGUGAGGUGAAAUACCGCAUGGAGGGCAUGAAGGCCAAGACCACCAGUCUCUAUGAUGGUGAAGCACGUGACAUUGCCCACUCAAAACAUGUCUCUGAGCUUGUCAGCAAGGUUUUGUACAGACAAAAAUGGGAUGAGACCAAGGACAGAUACCUACUGCCGCCCGAUGCGCCUGAGCUGGUGCUUGCUGUCAAGAAUGCUGCUAACUACAGCAAGAAACUGUACACAGAGGCAUGGGACGAGGACAAGACGAUGUAUUACCCAUACAACGACAGCCCAGAGCUACGCAGGGUGGCUAAAGCUCAGGAAGUCCUCAGCGAUAUAAAUUACAAGAAAGGCCACGAUGAGCGUAAGGCAAAGUACACACCACUUGCUGUGCCUCCUGAGGUGGAAAUGGCUAAGAAAAACUUUGAGAACCGUAGCAAUCUCAAGUAUCAUGAGGAUUACAACAAGAAUGUAAAGGGCAAGUGGUGUGAAACUCCUUACUUUGAUGUUGCCAUUGGAAGAAUGGCUAUGGACAACCUUAGCGCUAAAAAGUACACGGCUGCUUACGAAGACAUGAAAGACCAAAUUUAUUUCAUGCAAACAGAAACGCCAGAAUACAACACUAACAAGAAGGCUGGUGACGCUGUAAGCGCGGUUAAAUACAAGAAGGACUACGAGAAGAUAAAAGCAGUGUCUGAUUACAACGUUCUCCCUGCAACAGAAAAUCCCCUUCUCAGACAGCUGAGAUACGCUGGCACCAUCUUGAGUGACAAAGUAUACAAAGCUAGCUAUGAGAAAUCAAGGGGAUCCAGCAUCAACUACUGUGAGACUCCUAAAUUCAAGAUGGACAGCAUCAUUAAGCAGUUCAGUGACGCACAUUAUAAAGAGAAGUAUGAAAAUGAAAUUAAGGGCCAUUACAUUGGGAGCUAUGAGGAUAUGCAUAUGCUGCACUGCCAGAAAGUGGAAGAGAUUAAAAGUGAUAAAAAUUACAAAGCCGAUUAUGAAGAUAUGAAGAUAAGGUGUUAUUUCCCUCAAACUAUUACACCUGAGUAUGAAGCAAUGAGGAAAGUUCAACAGUGUAAAGAUAAAGUGUAUCGCCAGCACCCAGGCACAGUCAAGUUUACACAAGUGACAGACUCUCCUGUCCUUGUUCAAGCUGGCAUUAACGCCAAGCAACUAAGUGACCUCAACUACAAAGCAAAAUAUGAACAGGAGAAGUUCAAGUGUUACCUUCCCCCUGAUUAUCCUUUCUUCAUUCAGUCAAGAGUCAAUGCUUUUAACCUCAGUGAUACUUGUUACAAGUAUGAGUGGGAGAAAACAAAAGCCAAGAAGUUUGAGGUGAAAGGUGAUGCCAUCUCAAUCCUCGCUGCUCGUGCUCACACCAACAUUGCCAGUGAUGUUAAAUACAAGAAGGAAUAUGAAAAGAACAAAGGACACAUGAUUGGGGCCCUCAGCAUUAAGGAUGACCCCAAGAUCAUGCACUCUGUCCAUGUUGCUAAGAUACAGAGUGAUCGUGAGUACAAGAAAGAGUAUGAGAAGUCAAAGAUCAAGUACCACACUACACUUGACAUGAUGCUUGUCACUUUGGCCAAGAAGUCUCAGACCAUUGCCAGUAUGGCUGGCUACAAACAGAUUCCCCACCGCUACCUCCUCCCUUAUGACAGCAUGGCCCUGGACUUGGCAAAGAGGGCCAACAUCCUCCAGAGCAAUAAUGAAUAUAAGUCAGAUUACAACAACUACACAAAAGGAACUCCAUGGGUACCUUUCGGCUCACUGGAUGUAGAGAAAGCCAAGAAGGCUGCAGAGAUCCUUAGUGAGAAAAAGUACAGACAGCAUCCAGAUACUGUCCCAUUCACCUCUAUUGAUGAUCACCCUAUCAUGUUGCAAGCUAAAGUCAACCAACUGCAGAGGAGUGAUCUACACUACAAGAAGGGUCUUGAAGAAAUUCAUCAGAAGUAUGCUCUGCCUCCAGAUGUCCCUGAGUUUAUGCAGGCCAAGUGCAAUGCUUACAAUAUCAGUAAUAAAUAUUACAAACUUGGCUGGGAAGAAAUUAUUUCAAAGGGCUAUGACUUGAAGCCUGAUGCUAUCCCUAUCAUUGCAGCCAGGGCUGCAAGACAUGCAGCAAGUGAUGUUCAGUACAAGAAAGAACACCUCAAGUCGAGGGGCAAACAUGUUGGCUUCCGCAGCCUUCAGGAUGAUCCCCUGUUGGUGCACUAUAUGGAGGUGGCUAAAAUGCAGAGUGACAAGAACUACAAGAAGGACUACCACAAGGCCAAACUGAAGUUCCACUCUCCUGUGGACAUGCUAAGUGUGGCACAUGCCAAACAUGCUUCCACUGUGCAGACCAAUGCUGGCUACAAAAAGCUUCAACAUCACUACACUCUUCUCCCAGAUGCUAUGCACCUGGAAUUAGCUCGAACCAUGAACACCAACUCAAGUGACUUCAACUAUAAACUGGAUUAUGAAAACUCUGUGAAAGGUGUUGGCUGGGUUCCUAUUGGUUCACUGGAAGUGGAGAAAGCCAAAAUGGCUGCUGCUGCUCUUGAUGAAAAGAAGUACAGGCAACACCCUGAUACCAUCAAGUUCACCUCCGUUAUGGAUUCCCCUGUUAUGGAGCAGGCCAAAUUGAAUGCCCAGCAGCUCAGCGAUAGACUGUACAAAGCCAGUGGAGAAAAGUUCAUGCAUACUUAUCAUCUCCCUCCGGAUGCACCAGAAUUUUUGCAGGCCAAGUAUAAUGCUGCCAACAUCAGCAAAUCUUUUUACACAAAUGCACACAAACGGGACAUACUUAAAGGACACCAGAUGAAGGAAGAUGCCAUCCCAAUUCUUGCUGCCAAGUCCUCAAGGGAUAUUGCCAGUGAUUACAAGUAUAAACUGGCUUACCAGAAAGCAAAGGGCAAGCAUGUUGGCUUCCGCAGUCUUCAGGAUGAUCCCCUGCUGGUGCACUAUAUGGAGGUGGCUAAAAUGCAGAGUGACAAGAACUACAAGAAGGACUACCAAAAGGCCAAACUGAAGUACCAUUCUCCUGUAGACAUGCUGAGUUUGGCACAUGCCAAACAUGCUUCCACUGUGCAGACCAAUGCUGGCUACAAACAGCUUCAACAUCACUAUACCCUUCUCCCAGAUAAUAUGUAUAUUGAUCUUGCGCGUACCAUGAUGGAGAUUCAGAGUGACAAUGUCUACAAAUCAGAUUACAAUAAUGUCUACAAGGGUGCAGGGUGGGUUCCCAUUGGUUCCAUUGAUGUGGAGAAGUGCAAGGCAGCAAACGCAGCCUUGGAUGAGAAGGCCUAUCGUCAGCACCCCAGCACUAUCAAAUUUACUAGCUUGGUGGACCAAAUGAAUAUGGCCUUGGCUAUGAGCAACACCAAGCAGCUCAAUAUGGCUGCUUACAAAGCCUCUGGUGAGAAAUUCAUGCAUACCUACCACCUUCCAGCCGACAGCCCAGAGUUCCUGCAGGCAAAAUACAAUGCCCAGACUAUUAGUGAGUCAUACUACAAAUCUCAGUGGCUUGAGGAUAUUGCUAAAGGCUAUGACUUGAAAGGUGAUGCUAUUCCCAUCGUUGCUGCAAAGCAAGGAAGACACAUCGCCAGUAAUUACCAAUACAAGAAAGAGUAUGAGAAGUCGAGGGGAAAGCAUGUUGGCUUCCGCAGCCUUCAGGAUGAUCCCCUGUUGGUGCACUAUAUGGAGGUGGCUAAAAUGCAGAGUGACAAGAACUACAAGAAGGACUACCACAAGGCCAAACUGAAGUUCCACUCUCCUGUGGACAUGCUUAGUGUGGCACAUGCCAAACAUGCUUCUACUGUGCAGACCAAUGCUGGCUACAAACAGCUUCAACAUCACUACACUCUUCUCCCAGAUGCUAUGCAUCUUGAGCUGGCUCGAAGCAUGAAUGCCAGCUCUAGUGAUUAUGAAUACAAGACUGAGUACAACAACACCAUGAAAGGUGUUGGAUGGGUACCCAUUGGUUCUCUGGCAGUGGAGACUGCAAAGGUUGGAGGACAGAUACUGAGUGACAAGAGGUACCGCACUCACCCUUCCAACUACGCCUUCCACAAGCUCAUGGACUCCAUGGAUCUGGCCCUGGCCACUGCCAACAAACAGAUCAUGGACAAGAAAUCAUACAAAGCUGCUUGGGAGACAGACAAGCUCAAAGUCCAUGUCAUGCCUGACAGCCCUGAUAUCGUUCUAGCAAAAGUCAAUGCUCUGAACAUGAGCCAGAAACUCUACAAAGCUGGCCUGGAGGAGAUGUAUAAGAAGGGCUAUGACCUCAAACCCGAUGCCAUUUCAAUCAUUGCUGCCAGAUCUGGUAGACAUAUUGCCAGUAAUUUCCAGUAUAAACUUGCUUAUGAGAAGGCGAAGGGCCACCACGUUGGCUUCCGCAGUCUUCAGGAUGAUCCCCUGUUGGUGCACUAUAUGGAGGUGGCUAAAAUGCAGAGUGACAAGAACUACAAGAAGGACUACCACAAGGCCAAACUGAAGUACCAUACUCCUGUAGACAUGAUGAGCGUGGCACAUGCCAAACAUGCUACCACAGUACAGACGAACGCUGGCUACAAAAAACUUUACCAUCACUAUACCCUUCUCCCAGAUGCAAUGAACCUUGAGCUGGCCCGCUCAAUGAAUGCCAGCUCUAGUGACUAUGAAUACAAGACUGAGUACAACAACACAGUGAAAGGUGUUGGAUGGGUACCCAUUGGUUCUUUGGCAGUGGAGACUGCAAAGGUUGGAGGACAGAUACUGAGUGACAAGAGGUACCGCACUCACCCUUCCAACUACGCCUUCCACAAGCUCAUGGACUCCAUGGAUCUGGCCCUGGCCACUGCCAACAAACAGAUUAUAGAUAAGAAAUCAUACACAGCUGCUUGGGAGACAGACAAGCUCAAAGUCCAUGUCAUGCCUGACAGCCCUGAUAUCGUUCUAGCAAAAUACAAUACUCUGAACAUGAGCCAGAAACUCUACAAAGCUGGCCUGGAGGAGAUGUAUAAGAAGGGCUAUGACCUCAAACCCGAUGCCAUUUCAAUCAUUGCCGCCAAAUCUGGUAGACAUAUUGCCAGUAAUUUCCAGUAUAAACUUGCUUAUGAGAAGGCGAAGGGCCACCACGUUGGCUUCCGCAGCCUUCAGGAUGAUCCCCUGUUGGUGCACUAUAUGGAGGUGGCUAAAAUGCAGAGUGACAAGAACUACAAGAAGGACUACCACAAGGCCAAACUGAAGUUCCACUCUCCUGUGGACAUGAUGAGCGUGGCACAUGCCAAACAUGCUACUGCAGUACAGACGAACGCUGGCUACAAGAAACAAAUUUCACACUACACAGUGCUCCCAGAUGCAAUGAACCUUGAGCUGGCCCGCACCAUGCAGAUGAUUGCCAGUGACAACAUCUACAAGGGUGAAUAUAACAAUGUCAUCAAAGGAACAGGAUGGAUUCCUAUUGGUUCCUUAGAUGUGGAAAAAGCAAAGACCGCUGCCCAAAUAGGUAGUGAGAAACUGUAUCGUCAACAUCCCAGCAACUUCAAGUUCACCAAGGAUAUGACUUCCAUGGACUUGGUCCUAGCUUCAAACAAUAAUCAGAUCAUCAACAAGCAAAGCUAUACUGAUGCUUGGAACAAGGACAAGACUACAAUCCACAUUAUGCCUGAUGCUAUGGAGGUGGCUCUUGCACGUCAGAAUAAGGCAAAUUACAGUCAGAAACUGUACAAACUUGCCAAUGAACUUGCCAAGAAGAAGGGCUAUGACUUGCGCAGUGAUGCCAUUGCAAUUCAGGCAGCCAGGGCAUCCACAGCCAUCGCUAGUGAUUAUAAGUACAAGGCUGGUUACCGCAAGCAAGUUGGUCACCACAUUGGAGCCCUCAGCAUCCAGGAUGACCCAUUGCUGAUGCUGGCCCUGAACUCAGCUAAGAUUGCUAGUGAUGCCCUGUACAAGAAGGACUUCAACAAGUCCAAGACCAGAUUCCACCUCCCAGUGGACAUGAUGGCCUUUGAGCUGGCUAAGAAGAACCAGAUCCAAGUCAAUGAUGCCAACUACAGAACUUACCUGCACAACUGGACCUGCUUACCAGACUCCAACGAUGUUGUCCACGCCAGACAGGUCUAUGACCUACAGAGUGACGCUGUGUACAAGGCUGAUCUGAAAAUGAUGCAAGGCAUUGGAUGGGUCCCUAUUGGUUCACUUGAUGUUGAGAAAGUGAAAAAAGCCGGAGAGGUCCUGAGUGAUAAGUUGUACCGUCAGCACCCAGGCAACUUCAAGUUCACUAGCACAACACAGGACAUGUCAAUGGUCUUGGCUAAAACAAAUGCGGAUAUUAUUAACAAGAAAAAUUAUGUUCAAGCUUGGGAGACUGAAAAAACCAACAUUCACAUUAUGCCAGAUGCCAUGGAAGUGGUUCUUGCAAAACAGAACAAAGUCAACUACAGUCUGAAACAAUACAGACUUGCCAAUGAGGAAGCCAAGAAGAAAGGUUAUGAUCUACGUGAAGAUGCUAUUUCUAUCAAAGCAGCCAGAGCUUCCAGAGAUAUUGCCAGUGAUUACAAGUACAAGGCUGGUUACCGUAAGCAAGUUGGUCACCACAUUGGAGCCCUCAGCGUCCAGGAUGACCCAUUGCUGAUGCUAGCCCUGAACUCAGCUAAGAUUGCUAGUGAUGCCCUGUACAAGAAGGACUUCCACAAGUCCAAGACCAGAUUCCACCUCCCAGUGGACAUGUUGGCCUUUGAGCUGGCCAAGAAGAACCAGAUCCAAGUUAAUGAUGCCAACUACAGAACUUACCUGCACAACUGGACCUGCCUACCGGAUUCUAACGAUGUUGUCCACGCCAGGCAGGUGUAUGACCUACAGAGUGACGCUGUGUACAGGGCUGAUCUCAAGUGGCUUAAAGGUUUGGGAUGGGUCCCUAUUGGUUCACUUGAUGUUGAGAAAGUGAAAAAAGCCGGAGAGAUCCUGAGUGAUAAGUUGUACCGUCAGCACCCAGACAACUUCAAGUUCACUAGCACAACACAGGACAUGCCAAUGAUCUUGGCUAAAACUAAUGCUGAUAUUAUUAACAAGAAAAAUUAUGUUCAAGCUUGGGAGACUGAAAAAACCAACAUUCACAUUAUGCCAGAUGCCAUGGAAGUGGUUCUUGCAAAACAGAACAAAGUCAACUACAGUCUGAAACAAUACAGACUUGCCAAUGAGGAAGCCAAGAAGAAAGGUUAUGAUCUACGUGAAGAUGCUAUUUCUAUCAAAGCAGCCAGAGCUUCCAGAGAUAUUGCCAGUGAUUACAAAUACAAGGCUGGUUACCGCAAGCAAGUUGGUCACCACAUUGGAGCCCGCAGCAUCCAGGAUGACCCAUUGCUGAUGCUGGCCCUGAACUCAGCUAAGAUUGCUAGUGAUGCCCUGUACAAGAAGGACUUCCACAAGUCCAAGACCAGAUUCCACCUCCCAGUGGACAUGUUGGCUUUUGAGCUGGCCAAGAAGAACCAGAUCCAAGUCAAUGAUGCCAACUACAGAACUUACCUGCACAACUGGACCUGCUUACCAGACUCCAACGAUGUUGUCCACGCCAGACAGGUCUAUGACCUACAGAGUGACGCUGUGUACAAGGCUGAUCUGAAAAUGAUGCAAGGCAUUGGAUGGGUCCCUAUUGGUUCACUUGAUGUUGAGAAAGUGAAAAAAGCCGGAGAGGUCCUGAGUGAUAAGUUGUACCGUCAGCACCCAGGCAACUUCAAGUUCACUAGCACAACACAGGACAUGCCAAUGAUCUUGGCUAAAACUAAUGCUGAUAUUAUUAACAAGAAAAAUUAUGUUCAAGCUUGGGAGACUGAAAAAACCAACAUUCACAUUAUGCCAGAUGCCAUGGAAGUGGUUCUUGCAAAACAGAACAAAGUCAACUACAGUCUGAAACAAUACAGACUUGCCAAUGAGGAAGCCAAGAAGAAAGGUUAUGAUCUACGUGAAGAUGCUAUUUCUAUCAAAGCAGCCAGAGCUUCCAGAGAUAUUGCCAGUGAUUACAAAUACAAGGCUGGUUACCGUAAGCAAGUUGGUCACCACAUUGGAGCCCUCAGCGUCCAGGAUGACCCAUUGCUGAUGCUGGCCCUGAACUCAGCUAAGAUUGCUAGUGAUGCCCUGUACAAGAAGGACUUCCACAAGUCCAAGACCAGAUUCCACCUCCCAGUGGACAUGUUGGCCUUUGAACUGGCCAAGAAGAACCAGAUCCAAGUCAACGACGCUAACUACAGAACCUACCUGCACAACUGGACCUGCCUACCGGAUUCUAACGAUGUUGUCCACGCCAGGCAGGUGUAUGACCUACAGAGUGACGCUGUGUACAGAGCUGACCUCAAGUGGCUUAAAGGUUUGGGAUGGGUCCCUAUUGGUUCACUUGAUGUUGAGAAAGUGAAAAAAGCCGGAGAGAUCCUGAGUGAUAAGUUGUACCGUCAGCACCCAGACAACUUCAAGUUCACUAGCACAACACAGGACAUGCCAAUGAUCUUGGCUAAAACUAACGCUGAUAUUAUUAACAAGAAAAAUUACGUAGAAGCCUGGAAUAAGGACAAGACCAAGAUUCAUGUUAUGCCAGAUGCAAUGCCUUGUGUACUUGCUAAACAGAACAACAUUAAUUACAGCGAGAAAAGGUAUAAGCUUGCCAAUGAAGAAGCUAAGAAAAAGGGCUAUGACUUACGCAGUGAUGCCAUUUCUAUCAAGGCAGCCAAAGCCUCCAGGGACAUUGCCAGUGAUUUCAAGUACAAGGCUGGUUACCGUAAGCAAGUUGGUCACCACAUUGGAGCCCUCAGCGUCCAGGAUGACCCAUUGCUGAUGCUGGCCCUGAACUCAGCUAAGAUUGCUAGUGAUGCCCUGUACAAGAAGGAUUUCAACAAAUCCAAGACCAAGUUCCACCUCCCAGUGGAUAUGUUGGCCUUUGAGCUGGCUAAAAAGAAUCAGAUCCAAGUGAAUGAUGCCAAUUACCGAACUUACCUGCACAACUGGACCUGCCUACCGGAUUCUAACGAUGUUGUUCAGGCCAGAAAAGUGUAUGAUCUUCAAAGCGAUGCUGUGUACAGAGCUGACAUGGAGUGGAUCAGAGGCACAGGUUGGGUCCCAAUAGGCUCACUGGAUGUGUUGAAGGCCAAGAAAGCUGCAGAGAUUCUUAGUGAUCGCCUGUACAGACAGAAACCUGACACGCUGAAAUUUUCACAAGACAUGCAGUCCAUGCCCAUGGUCUUGGCAAAGACUAAUGCUGAUAUAACUAACAAGCGCAAGUAUAUUGAAGCAUGGGAGGCUGACAAGGUCAAGGUCCAUGUUACCCCAGAUUUGCCAGAACUGUUGCUUUCAAAGGCCAACGCUGCAAACAUAAGCAAGAAACUAUACAGACAAGCAGUUGAGGACAUUUUCAAGGGAGGAUAUGACCUCAAACCCGACGCCAUCUCCAUCAAGGCUGCCAAAGCCUCCCGAGACAUUGCCAGUGACUACAAGUACAAGGCUGGUUACCGUAAGCAAGUUGGUCACCAUAUUGGAGCCCGCAGCAUCCAGGAUGACCCAUUGCUGAUGCUGGCCCUGAACUCAGCUAAGAUUGCUAGUGAUGCCCUGUACAAGAAGGACUUCAACAAAUCCAAGACCAGAUUCCACCUUCCAGUGGAUAUGUUGACUCUUGAAUUGGCCAAGAAAUGUCAGAUCCAAGUCAAUGAUGCCAACUACAGAACUUACCUGCACAACUGGACCUGCUUACCAGAUUCCAAUGACGUUGUUCAAGCCAGGAAGGUCUAUGAUCUUCAGAGUGAUGCUGUGUACAAAGCAGAUAUGGAGUGGAUCAGAGGCACUGGUUGGGUUCCAAUAGGCUCACUGGAUGUGGAGAAGGCCAAAAAGGCUGCAGAAAUUUUGAGUGAAAGGAAGUAUCGUCAGCACCCGAGCAAUUUUGCGUUCACCAGUAAAACAGAUUCCGUACCCAUGGCCUUGGCUCAAGCUAAUGCUCAUAUAAUGGAUAAGAAAGCUUAUAUUGAAGCAUGGGAGAAGGACAAGGUCAACAUCCACAUUAUGCCAGACACUCCUGAGAUCCUUCUUGCUCAUCAGAACAAACUCAAUACCAGUCUGAAACACUACCGUCAAGAUUAUGAGGAAGCUAUUAAGAGGGGUUACUUUUUACCUAAAGAUGCCAUCUCUGUCAAGGCAGCCAAGGCCUCAAGGGAUAUUAUUAGUGAUUACAAGUACAAGGCUGGCUACCGAAAGCAAACUGGUCACCACAUUGGAGCCCUAAGUGUCCAGGAUGACCCCCUUAUCAUGCUAGCCAUGAACUCAGGUAAGAUUGCUAGUGAUGUCCUGUACAAGAAGGAUUUCCACAAGUCCAAGACCAAGUUCCACCUCCCAGUGGACAUGUUGGCCUUUGAGUUGGCUAAGAAGAACCAGAUCCAGGUCAACGAUGCCAACUACAGAACCUACCUGCACAACUGGACCUGCCUACCAGACUCCAAUGAUGUUGUUCAGGCCAGGAAAGUGUAUGAUCUACGCAGUGAUGCUGUGUACAAGGCUGACCUUGAGUGGCUCAGAGGAUGUGGAUGGAUGCCGCAAGGGUCUCUUGAUGUCCUUAAGGCCAAAAAUGCCCAAAAUAUUCUCAAUGACAAGCUGUACCGACAGCACCCAAGUACAGUCAAGUUCACAAGUGCUGUUGACCUGCCUGUUAUUGUACUGGCCAAGCAAAAUGCUGAUAUCCUGAGUGAUAGAAAAUACAAAGAGGCAUGGGAGAACGACAAGACUAGCAUCCACAUCAUGCCAGACACACCAUCCAUUGAACUGUCAAGGGCUAAUGCUAUUAACAUCAGCAAUAAAUUGUACACUAAAGCCUGGGAUACUCAGAAAGCCAAGGGAUACCAUAUCAAGGAGGACGCUAUCUCUGUUCUGAAGGCGAAAGCAUCCAGGGAUAUUGCUAGUGAUUACAAGUACAAGGCUGGUUACCGUAAACAAACUGGUCACCACAUUGGAGCCCGCAGCGUCCAGGAUGACCCACUUAUCAUGCUAGCCCUGAACUCAGCUAGGAUUGCUAGUGAUGCCCUGUACAAGAAGGACUUCAACAAAUCCAAGACCAGAUUCCACCUUCCAGUGGAUAUGUUGACUCUUGAAUUGGCCAAGAAAUGUCAGAUCCAAGUCAAUGAUGCCAACUACAGAACUUACCUGCACAACUGGACCUGCUUACCAGACUCCAAUGACGUUGUUCAGGCCAGAAAGGCUUAUGACCUUCAGAGUGAUGCUGUAUACAAGGCUGAUCUGGAGUGGCUCAGAGGGUGUGGCUGGGUCCCACAUGAGUCUGUGGAGGUCAAGAAGGUGAAGAAUGCCCAACAGAUCCUGUCUGAUAGGGGCUACCGUGUUAAACUGGAUCAGCAGAAGUACACUACUCCCCUUGACAGAGUUGACAUUUUGUGUGCUAAGAACGCUGCUCAGGUGCUCGAUGAGGCAAAAUAUCGUGAGGCCUGGCAUCAGGACAAGACCAAGUACAGCAUGAUGGACACUCCAAUUCUGGCCACAGCCAGGGAAGUGGCAAAGAACGUUCACCCGAAACUGUACACCAGCAAUUGGGAGAAGACCAAAGCUACAGGAUACUUCAUGCCCGGAGAUGCUGUUCCCAUCCAGCAAUGCAUUAAGACUUCCAAAAUUCAGAGUAAUUACAAUUACAAGGAUGGUUACCGCAAGCAAGUAGGUCAUCACAUUGGAGCCCUCAGCAUCCAGGAUGACCCAUUGCUGAUGCUAGCCCUGAACUCAGCUAAGAUUGCUAGUGAUGCCCUGUACAAGAAGGACUUCAAUAAGUCCAAGACCAAGUUCCAUCUCCCAGUGGACAUGUUGGCCUUUGAACUUGCGAAGAAAUGCCAGAUGCAGGUCAACGAUGAUAACUACAGGACGCGUCUACACCAGUGGACUUGCCUGCCAGAUCAGAAUGAUGUCAUCCAGGCCCGCAAAGCCUACGACCUCCAGAGUGACUUUGUGUACAAAGCUGACUUGGAAUGGCUCCGUGGCUGUGGAUGGGUGGCUGCUGACUCUGUUGAUCAUGUGAAGGUCAGAAAAGCCCAGGAGAUCCUGAAUGAUAGAAAUUAUAAGAAGGAUGCCAAAGACAACUUUGGCAAGUUUACCCCAAUUGUGGAUCGUCCUGAGAUCAUCCUGGCUAAGACUAAUGCUUACCACCUGAGUGAUCUUAAGUACAAAGAGUCCUUUAACUUGGAGAAAGGCAAGUACAUUGGCUCUGAUGACACACCACAGCUGGCCCACAGCAGGGAAGUAUCCAAGAACAUCAGUGAGAAACUGUAUAAACUGAAAUGGGAUGAAAGCAAGGCAACUGGUUACCAACUGGACCAUGAGUACAUUCCUCUUUUGGGAGCCAAGAAGGGCAGGGAAAUCGCCAGUAGUGUGAAAUAUAAGGAUGCCCAUGAGAAGGCCAAGGGUCACUACAUGGCCAACACCCUUGCUGACUUCCCUGACGUAAUUCGCUAUGGUGAAGUGGAGAAGAUGAAGAAUCUGAGAGACUACCACAAGAACUAUGAAGAGAUCAAAACCAAGCUCCACAUUCCUGCUGACAUGAUCAGCCAUGUGGUUGCCAAGAGAUGCCAGGACAUUCUUAGUGAUGUACAAUACCGCACCCACCUGCACCAGUGGACUUGCCAUCCUGAUCAGGACGAUGCCAUCCGUGCCCGCAAGGCCAAUGAGAUCUUGAGCGAUGUGUUCUACAAAGAUGACUUGAACUGGAUGAGAGGCAUAGGCUGCUAUGUGUGGGAUACUCCAGAGAUUGUCCGUGCUAAGAAAGCCUACGAGAUGCAGAGUGAUAUUAAUUACAAAGCAGAGGGCAAGAAGGAAUUUAACAACUACUCCAUUGUGACAGACACCCCUGUCUAUGUGACAGCUGUUCUGGGACACACUUGGGCCAGUGAGCUGAACUACAGAGAAGCCUACCACAAGGAGAAGCACAUGUAUACCACUGUUCUGGACACCUUUGACUAUGCACGAUGCCACAACCUCAAACAUCUCUACAGCACUAAAGGAUACUCUGCCACUUGGGACAAGAUUAAGGCCAAGAGUUACCACAUCCCCCAUGACUCUAAUGCCUUGGUCCAUGCCAAACAGCAGAAGGUCAUUCUGAGCAACGUGAAAUAUCGUGAGGAUUACGAGAAAUUCAAGUCACUCUACAGCCUGCCUAAGUGCCUGGAAGAUGAUCCAUCCACUGCUAGAUGCAUCAAAGCUGGAAAACUUGUAUUGGAUCGCUUGUACAAGGACAACUAUGAGAAGACCAAGGCCAAGAUACAUGUGCCGGCUGACAUGCUGGAUGUGGUAUCUGCCCGUAAUACUCAGAAAAUGGUCAGUGAAGUCGACUACCGCAAGUACCUGCACCAGUGGAUUUGCCUCCCUGACAUGCAGGUGUACGUACACGCUCGCAAGGUCAACGAGCAACUGAGUGACAUCUUCUAUAAAGAUGACCUGAACUGGCUGAAGGGCAUUGGUUGCUAUGCUUGGGACACUCCAGACAUCCUUCGCUCCAAACAUGCCAUGAAUCUGCAGAGCGAGAACCAGUACAGAGCCAAGGGAAUUGAGCACUUUAAGAACUUCUCUGUGGUGAUAGACACCCCUAGCUACUGGACAUACAAGCUGAGCGCCUUUAACCUGAGCGAUCUCAACUACCGUGAAGAUUAUGUCACCAAUGUCAAGGGUAAAAACACAGCUCCUGCUGUCACCAUUGACACCGAGAGGGCACGCCUGGCCAAUUACAUCCAGAGCGACAAUUUCUAUAAAGAGGCCAACAAGAGCUUUAUGCCAACAGGCUACAGUCUGCCUUAUGACAUGCCGCUCAACAAACAGGCCAAGGCGAACAGCAUCAUCAGCAGCAAUGUGAAGUACAAGGAAGCCUAUGAGCUCAUGAAGGCCAAGAACUACACCUUGGACCCCAAUGGCGUCAACUUUGUCACCAUUAGGAAGGCCAACAAAAUCACAAACCAGCGCCUGUACCGGGAGAAGUAUGAGAAAACCAAGGAUAAGAUCCAUUCUGUCUACGAUACACCUGAGAUAAGACAGGUGAAGGCCACCCAGGAGGCCAUCAGCGAUCUGUGCUAUAAGGAGAAGUAUUUCAACACCAGAGGUUCUUACCUGCCCAUGCCCAUCACACCUGAACUGAUGCACUGCUUCCAUGUCAAUGAGAUCAACAGUGAUCUGAAAUAUAAAGAGGACCUGCAGUGGCUUAGAGGUAUUGGCUGUUUCAUGUUUGACUCUCCUGAGAUGGUUCGCGUCCGUGAGAUUAACAAGUUCAGGCUUUCCUAUGAUGUGGACGCCAAAAAGAACUUUAGGAACUUCAGUGUGGUCCUGGAUACACCAGAGUACCGGCGUGUAACUGAGCUCAAGACCCACAUGAGCGAUUUGGUUUAUAGAGCUACGGGUAAUGAGGAGAAGACUAAGUGCACCACCACCGCGGAUAGUAUGGACAUCCAGAGAGUCAAGUGGGCCCAGACUCUGACUAACAAGUAUUUGUACACUGACCUGGCCUCUAAAGAGAGGGCUUUCUUCACGCCAGAGAUAAACACUCCCAGCAUGGGUCAUGCCAGAUCUAUGAAAGUGGUUUACAGUGAGCUCAAGUACAAAGAACAGUAUGAGAAGAUGAAGCAUAGAUACACAGCUAUCCAUGACACACCUGUGUUGGUACGCGCCAAGAAGGCCUAUCUCCAUGCCAGCGAUCUGCGAUACAAGGAGACCUUUGAGAUGUCAAAGGGACAUUACCACCCAACCAAAGAUGCCCUUGACAUUGUUUGUGCCAAGAGGGUUAGAGAUGACAUCAGUGAGGUCAAGUACAGGGAGAAGUACAUCAGCACCUUGGGUCAGUGGAAGUCCAUCCCCGACCGCCCUGAGUUCUUCCAUAGCAGGAUCGUUAGGGAUUGCAUUAGUGACAUCAAAUACAAAGAGGAUCUGGAUUGGCUGAAGGGUAUUGGAUGUUAUGUUUGGGACACGCCUGAGCUGAAGCAGGCUGAACAUAACAAGGCUCUCUACAGCGAGAGGCUUUAUAAGGCGUCUUAUGAGAAGAACAGAGGCAACUUCAGAUACACCUGUGACACACCAUUCUUCCAGGCUGCCAAGUUUGCCGCCACACUCGCAAAUGAUAACAAAUAUAAGUCCAGAGCCAAGGAGCUGCUCAAGAGCGGUUGCAACGAAUUGCUCCGCCCUGACAUCCUCAGGGCUAUUUACAACUCAAGCAUGUGGAGCAAGUGGAAGUACAAGGAGCAGUAUGAGCGUGCUAAGGACAAGUACACAUCAGUGCUGGAUACCCCUGAGCACCAGGUCCACAAGCGCAGCAAACAGAUCAGUGAUAUCAUCUAUAAGAUGGAGUACCACAAAACCAAGGCUACAGGCUACACUCUCGGUCAUGACACACCCCUGAAUCAGCACAUGAAGAAGGUCAAAGAGAUCACCAGUAAUCUGAAGUACAAAGAAGUAUAUGAGAAAAGCAAGGCCCAGAUCAACAUCACCCCUGAUGCUAAUGAUAUCCGCGCUGCCAAAGAGGCCUACAAGAAUAUCAGCAACCUUGAUUACAAGAAGAAAUAUGAGGCUACCAAGGCCAAGUGGAUCUGGACCGUGGACAGACCUGAUUUUGUUCAUGCUGCUAAGACAAGCUUCCAACAGAGUGACGUUGAGUACAAGUAUGAUAAAGAGAUGCUCAAGGGCUGUGUGAUGUCCGUCACAGACGAUAAGUACACACUUUUGGCUAAGAAGAAUGCUGAACUCGCCAGUGAUAUCAAAUAUAAAGAGAAAUAUGAGAAGGCAAAGGGCCACUACCUGCCUGUACUCGACACUCCUCAAAUCCUUCACGCUAAGUCAGUGGCUAAACUUGUUUCUGAGAGCAAAUACAAAGAGGAAGGCAAGAAGAGUCUCCAGUCCGGCUCAUUCACUACCCUGCCCCAGACCCGUGACACAGCCCACAGCAAAGAAGUGUCCAAAAUUACAAGCAGCAGAUUGUACAAGGAGAAGUUUGAGAAGGAGAAGGGCAAGUCCAAGUACAACAGUAUGAUUGUACCCCCUGACGUACAACAUGCCAUGGAUGUGGCCAAAAACCAGAGCAAUGUUGCCUACAAGCAGGAGGCCAAGGCUAAGCUGCACUACACCCCUGUAGCUGACCGUCCCGAUAUCAGGAAGGCCACCCAGGCCGCCAGACUCAUCAGCGAUGUGGGUUACCGUGACAAGGCUCGCCAAGAGGCCAGCAAAGGUGGGUCUUUGGUCAACCGACCUGACAUCACCCUGGCAACUGAGGUGUCCAAACUUACAAGUCAGGUGGAGGCCAAGCCCUCCCUCCACGGAGCAGCCUGCUAUGAUACUCCCCAGAUGCGCCACAUUAAGAAAAUGAGUUCUCUGAUUAGUGAUGUGAAGUACAAGGAGAAGUUUGACAAGGAGAUGAAAGGAAAGAGACCACAGUUUGACCUGAAAGAGAGUAAGGUGUACCAGACGCUGAAGGAUGCAAACGUGCUUGCUAGCGAGGUUAAGUACAAACGUGACCUGAAGAAGAUCCAUAAACCCGUGACCGACAUGGCUGAGUCUCUGGCCAUGCAGCACGGUCUAAGCACCAGCAAGCUGUCCAGUGAUUACCAGUACAAGAAGAAAUUUGAGGAGAGUAAAGGUCACUAUCAUAUGAUUCCUGACACGCCUGAGCAGCUUCACCACAAGGAGGCCUCAGAGCUACAGAGUCACGUCAAAUACAAGGAAAAAUAUGAGAAGGAGAAAGGAAAGGCCAUGCUGGACUUUGAGACACCCACAUAUGUGACUGCUAAAGAGGCCCAGCAUAUGCAGAGCCAGAAAGACUAUAAGAGGGACUUUGAGGAAUUCAUGAAAGGCAAGAACCUCUCAGGCUUGGAGGUCACCCCUGCCAUGAUACAUGUCAGACACGCCACCAAAAUUGCUAGUGAGAAAGAGUACAGGAGAGAUCUAGAGGAGGGGGUGAGGGGUAAAGGGCUUACAGUGCUAGAGGAAACUCCUGAACUGUUGAGAGCAAAGAAUGCUACUCAAAUCCUGAACGAGAGAGAGUACAAGAAGGCAUUGGAGCAAGAGAUCAAGGGCAAAGGAAUGUUGGCUUUAGCUACUGACACCCCAGACUUCUUGAGAGCAAGGAAUGCAACUGAUAUCCUCAGCCAAGCUAAGUACAAGCAAACUGCUGAAAUGGACAGGGCUACAUACACCACGGUGGUUGACACCCCUGAUAUCAUCCAUGCUCAGCAAGUUAGAAACAUUGUGAGCCAGAAAAAAUACAAGGAGGAGGCUGAGAAGACCAUGUCUCACUACGUACCGGUUCUGGACACUCCUGAGAUGCUGAGAGUCCGUGAGAACCAGAAGAACUUCAGCACGCUUCAGUACCAGUCUGACCUUAAAAACAUUAAAGGCAAAGUUUCAACAGUAAAGGACACCCCUGAAAUGCUUCGUGUUAAAGAAAAUACAAAGAAUUUCAGCUCGAUUCAUUACAAGGAGGAUUUGGGAGAAGGAACUGCUAUAUCAAAGACACCUGAGAUGGAGAGAGUUAAACGCAAUCAGCAGACCGUUAGCACGAUUAAAUACAAGGACUCGCUGGGUCAAGGCAUAGCUAUACCAGACCUUCCUGAGGUGAAACGCAUACGGGAGACUCAGAAGAACAUCAGCUCGAUUCAUUACAAGGAGGAUUUGAGAGGAGGAACUGCCGUACCAAAGACGCCCGAGAUGGAGCGAGUUAAACGCAAUCAGCAAACUAUUAGCACGAUAAAGUACAAGGAUUCAUUGGGUCAAGGCACAGCCAUUCCAGAUCUCCCAGAGGUCAAGCGAGUCCGGGAGACCCAGAAGAACAUCAGCUCGGUUUUGUAUAAGGACUCCUCUGCCAAAGGAACCCCAGUAGUGUUCACUCCAGAGAUGGAGCGUGUCAAACGGAACCAAGAAAACAUUAGCUCGGUUCUGUAUUCUGACAGUUUCCGUAAGCAAGUGCAGGGUAAGGCCGCCUUUGUCCUGGACACUCCCGAGAUGAGGCGCGUGAAAGAGACCCAACGUAUCAUCUCUGGGGUGAAAUACCAUCAGGACUUUGAGAAGAGCAAGGGCAGCUUCACACCUACUACUUCUGACCCCGUGACUGAACGGGUGAAGAAGAACACUCAGGACUUCAGUGAUAUCAGUUACCGUGGAAUCCAGAGACGUGUGGUGGAGAUGGAGAGGAGACGCGCUGUUGAGCAUGAUCAAGAGACUAUCACUGACUUGCGAGUGUGGCGCACAAACCCUGGGUCUGUGUUUGACUAUGACCCUGCUGAGGACAAUAUCCAGUCAAGAAGUCUUCACAUGAUGUCAGUCCAAGCCCAGCGCCGCAGCAAAGAGCACUCCCGCUCCACCAGCGCUCUGAGCGGCGUCGGCGACGAAAAGUCAGAAGUUUCAGAGAACGUCGAUCACCACAUGUCCCUCUACAGUAACGGCUUUGGUACCUCCUCCAUAGGCUACCAGCAGGCCAAGACUGUGGAGCUGCAGCAGAGGUCUUCAUCUGUGGCCACCCAGCAGACCACUGUCUCCUCUGUGCCCUCACAUCCCUCCACCACUGGGAAAACUGUCCGAGCUAUGUAUGACUACACAGCUGCUGACAACGAUGAAGUGUCCUUCAAAGAUGGUGACGUGAUUGUGAAUGUGCAGUCCAUUGAUGAGGGUUGGAUGUAUGGCACCGUUCAGCGUACCGGCAAGACUGGAAUGCUGCCGGCCAAUUACGUGGAGGCGAUCUAA